UUAAAAAAAAAUAGUAAUAAUUAUUAGGGCUGGUCUAUUAAUAAUUACCGUCCUGGUGGGAAGGACUUUACCACCAAAGCAAGUUGACAUAACGAUAGUAGCUCUUACUCAACAGUCCACACACUCUGUCAAUGCUAUGUGUCUCAGUUGACUCUCAGCUGACAGAUGAGAGGCCUCGGUGCUGUUGGAGAGCGCCGCUUGUUUGAGGAAAUAUCGGACUAUCUGAGGAAAACAAGGGAGGAGGAGGGCGAGUCAGUGGAGGAGAAAGUUCACUGUUCACUGACGGACAGUCAACCAAACCCUGAGUGGAAGCGCAGCAUGGCGGGCAAAGGGACAGUUUGUUCAGCUGGACGGAGCCAGCUCCAGGACUCCUCGGACUCGGACUCGGAGGCGGAGGGGGGAACCGCUCAGGUGUCCGCCGGCACCGGACCGUCCGCCGCCCCUUUCCACAGCACACAGGUCAUCCACAGCGGCCACUUCAUGGUGUCGUCGCCCCACAGCGACUCGGCGCCGCGCAGGAGGAAAAGCGGCGGCUCUCUCACAUAUUAUGACUUUGACACUGUGAACAGGACGUGGUGCCAGACGUACCGAUACGGCCCGCUCAGCUCCGGCAGCCUGAGCAUCGACCCCACUCUGACCCGCCUGUUUGACUGCAUGUCCCUGGCCUACAGCGGUAAGAUAGUCUCUCCCAAGUGGAAGUCUUUUAAGGGUCUGCGGCUGCUGUGGAGAGAUAAGAUCCGUCUGAACAAUGCGAUCUGGAGAGCUUGGUUUAUUCAGUAUGUGGAGAAGAGAAAGAACCCAGUGUGUGGGUUUGUCACACCGCUGGAAGGCUCAGAGGCCGAUUCUCACCGAAAGCCUGAAGCAAUCGUAUUAGAGGGCAGCUACUGGAAGCGGAGGAUUGAAGUGGUGAUCAAGGAGUAUCACAAGUGGAGGAUUUACUAUAAAAAGAGGCUUCAGAAAAAGAAGGAUGAUAUUCUAUCAAUGCUACAAGAGGGUCAGAUCUGCCAGGCCAAGCUGGAGAAAUGGUCCAAUCAGAUGUACCAGGAGCCUGAGGCUGCGCCAGCAGAGGCCCACAUGUUUGACCUGGACUGCCUUCUGUCCGACAUCUCCGACACUCUCUUCACCAUGACACAAAAGCCAUGUCCCUGGGCCAGUGACCGACAUGACACGUACACAAGCAAUGCUGAUAUAAUCCAGCCAGGCCUGACUCCACUGCAACCCAACCUGGAUGAUUUCAUGGAUAUACCAGAUAUCUUUAUGAACUACCGGGGACAGCCCACUGAGCAGACUGGUUUUGCUGACUGUGGCUAUUUUGAGAGUCCAUCCGGCACAGAGUUUGCUCCAGUUCCCUCCCCUGUGGUAACGACCCCUCAGCUACUUAUCGACACCCAGCUGGCACAGCCCUCCUCAUCCGGUUCCCGGCCAAACCCGACCAGACCGGAGCUGGGAUGUGGUGAAUACCACACAUCUAGCAUGAUAUCAGGAACCAUGCCUUAUGGACAUCAGGCAUACCCUGAUCCACCUGUUUCUCUAUCAUACACCACAAGCAUGGAACAGCCCUCCUCCUUAAGUGUUCCUUUUUUGUACCCACUGCCAUGCCGCAAGUUUGGUUCCUGCACGAUGAUCAGCGGGACCCCCACUGUCAUCACUCACACUGCCUCCACUGUGGGCACCCAGGGCUCUUUGCACCAGGCUCAUGGCUACCAUCACACAGGGGACCCAUACCCCCCGACCCCCUCCCACUCUCUCAGUUACCCAUCUGCAUUGUCCGACCCCGUCCACGCAGCGCUGCCCUCUGUCACUGUGGCCCACUGCUUCUCAGUCCCAGAGCAGAUGGGUGUAACAGGGGUCAGAGGGAAGCACAAGCAAAAGACAAGAGGAGUGAGGACAGCUGAUCCCCCUGUGGCUCAGCCUGGCUCCCCAUCCAUCCAGGCACCCACUCCCACUAGCUGCCUGGCUAAGCUGCUUUCCUCCGGCACCCGUGAACGGAAGCCAUCACUAGGAUUUGACACAAACCUGGUGACAACCAAAGGUCAGAAGUCAUCAUCUCCCAGCUCCUCGCAGUCAGGCAGCAGCACGCAUGUUGGAGGAGCUUCAUCACAGCUGCAGCAGGGACCUGCUUGGCCUGCGGGCAUCCCAGUGUUGAUGCCUCUGCAUAGCCAGAGUGCCACCCUGGGUCACAGUGGACCCCACGCCAGCACCUCCAGGGGCUCGGCAGUGUCUGCCCUGCUCACCCACAGCUCCACACACACGGACACAACCCUCCUCAUUCCCAAGACGGAGAAACUAUCUCCCGUCCAGCUCUACAGCACAGACAGGAGCACCUUAACAGUUAAUUUUCCAGGACAUCCAGGCCAAACUUCACCACCAAACCCUUUAGAUAAAACCUCCAAUUCAGAGUCCUUACACUCAGGCUUCUCAGGACAUGGAAAGAUAGAAACAAGUAAGCAAACAGAGACCAGGAGGAUAACUCACAUCUCUGCAGAGCAGAAGAGGCGUUUUAACAUCAAACUGGGUUUUGACACUUUACAUAAUCUUGUGACAACACUCAGCUCUCAGCCAAGCAUAAAGAUCAGCAAAGCCACCACACUGCAGAAGACUGCUGAGUACAUCAGUAAGAUGCAGCAGGAGAGAGCUCAGCUGCACGAGGAGGCUCAGAGACUGAGAGAGGAGAUCCUGCUCUUGAACUCUGCCAUCAAUGCGUGUCAGCAGCAGCUACCAGCCACCGGCGUGCCCAUCACACGGCAGCGCUUUGACAACAUGAGGCAGAAGUUCAGAGAGUACGUCCAAGCACAGACGCUGCAAAACUGGAAGUUCUGGAUUUUCAGUAUCAUCAUCGAGCCGCUGUUUGAGUCCUACAAUGGAAUGGUGUCCACUGCCAGUGUGGAGGAUCUGUGUCGAUCCACUUUGUCCUGGCUGGACCAACACUGUUCCCUGCCCGCUCUACGACCCAUGGUUCUGAGUUCACUCCGUCUCCUGAGUACCACCACUGCCAUCCUGACAGACCCCAGCUUGCUGCCAGAGCAGGCCACCUUUGCUGUCACCCAGGGCGACCCCGCUGCUGCUCUGGACCACUCCUUACAGCCCGCCUCUCGGGACAAUAUACACCCCAUGUGACCGUGCAGAGCAGACCCAGUGGAAACUUAACUGGAAUCCAGCACGAUGCGCAGGAGCCUGCAAGUCAGAGGAGAGCAAUGUAGAAUAAUUAGACUCAACGCUCAGCUCCCAGACUUUUAAUAAUGCAUAAUCACAUUCCAAUAAAACUCACCAGCUGCAAAAAGAAUGUAUUUCAGUACACCCAAAAAUCGUAGGAACUAUAUGUGAUCUAUGCCUAGAUUCUGAUGAAGGUAAUAUGCACUUGUAAUUAUUUCUCAGCCUCGAAAUCUUUUUCUUUAGUAAAGUGACUGGAAGGAGAUGUCAGUUACUGUGACUGUGAAUGAACUGUUUAAUUGUCUGUUUAAAUAGUUUGGGAAUAUCA